AACAACAUGGCGGCUGUGGUGGAGUGAGUGACAGUCGAUAUACAUAGCCAAAGCACACACCAGGUUUAUGAAGUGUUUAUAAACCGAUGUACGUGAGACUGCAAGUGAAUAUAAAUCAUAUUUGACCGAAUGUGUAUUUACAAUGCAAGAUAAACUACCCGUGACAUCACCGUGAAGCGUCGUCUGAGGAGACGGGAGUAUGUCGAUGACCACGGAGGAGGCCGUCACCGGUGAUGCAGCUGCUGUUCCUGGUGCAGCUCCGAACGGUGCAGGGACGGCCCAGGAUGAUCCCACAGGAAACACGGUGCAAUGUGCAAGCCACGUGACGGAGAAUACCUCUGACAAACAACAACAGGACAGUGCAGGUCCGUCUGGCGAGCGAGUGUUUGGAGAAGGUGACAGGAGUAUGCCAGAGGAAGAUUUACCAGGAAGACUGGAGGAAGAGGGUGGGAAUGUGACUGAAGGUCAAGGUCAAGGUCAAGUAAUUGCCGGUCAAGGACACAAUGAAGGUCCGGUUAUAGAGAAAGCAGAUGUUGAAGACGACAAAUCAAAUGACAGCAAUGACACAUUGGAGUCUGGUGACUCGAAGUCAAAGGGACUGUCUCCUGUCGUGGUACCAGCGGUGGACGACAUCACCACUGUUCAUAAGGACAAUCUCCCUUCUGAACAUACAGUAAAUGGUUUAGAUGUUGUUUCUGCGUCGAAUCGUUCAGGAGGCGCUGAAGAAAAUAUAACCGAGACGCAUCUUACUGAUGCAGUAAGAGAGAUGUCUGUUGAUUCUGCGGCAAUACUGGCUGGCGACUCGGUACAAAGGGCAUCUGAUGAAAGGGGAAAUGCCAAAAGGAAUUCCGCCGAUGCUAAAGCAUGUAGACGUAAGACCCCCACGUCGUCUGAAAGCUACCCAACCAUGUCAACCGCACCUCCGAGUCGUCUGCCAUUGAUACGGUCGGCGCAUGCGCACAUUCAAAGUCUACAAGCUCCGAACGCACCGAGAGGAUUCGAACACAAGCAGAUGCUGCGGAGUCGAGUUCCACCUCGAUUCAUACGCCUGGCAACCGUUACAAUGGCGCCAAAGGCCAAGACGGUCAGCGCAGCACCAAGCCUAUAUUACGAGGAACCCCGACGUCCAACGAAAAUGAUAACUUGGGAGGAAGCCAAUAACGCGCGACCCCCCCUGAGAUUCGACAUGGAGGGGCCCUCGCCGUGGACCUACUCCCCACGGAACAAGCCCCUGUACGAAACCAAUGCCCCUGCCUGGACAUUUGGAGCACGGUGUUCCCCUGAGAGAGAGGGAGGUUCGAGAACAUCAUGGGCCAAGACGUGGUUUCAAACACCCCAUGUCUGGCACACCAAGGUGGACUUCGUCAGUGACGGCACGUGGCCGACGCCUAACCUGUACAAGAAAGGAUCACUCCUGGGACCACGGCAAAGGACGAUGCCGGAGUCUCCGUCAUAUUCAAUGGGGAGGAAAGGCGACUUCUCAAUCGAGAAACAAGGGGCCGCCAAGGAACCAUCACCAGGAGAAUAUGACACUCAUCACUCAGACAGGGCAUUGUUCAGACGGCACCCUGCCUACAGUCACCAGUUCAGACGGGAGGGUACCAUUUUGUGGUCUUCAGCAGAAGACACCCCCGGCCCUGGGUCAUACACCCCUACGUCCUGCACACGACCCCACGGCCCCUCAUUCAGUAUACAGGGUAUACGACGGGAGAAAUCCCAUGUCCUCGGGCCGUAUUCGUCGUUCUGAAACCACCCACAGUAUUAUCUAGGGUUCUGACGGGUACCGACAAUAAGUAUCCCAAAUCCGACCUGAACCCGAUUGUAAUAUUAAUAUGCCACACAAUCAAUUUGUCUUUGAUACGCUAUCUUCUAAGUCACAAUGUAUAUCAUGUCCUUUUCCAUGUCUGCCCCACGCAUUAGAGAAAAGAAAAUGUGAGUUAUCUCCCCUCAAGUUCAAUUUAACCGGACGUGUGCUCCAGUACCUGUCAGCGCUAUCGAUUUAACGCGGACUAUCCCAGUGGAUCUUUGAUAAGGAAGUAUGUUGACGGAAUAGAAUAAUCCAACUGAUAAAUGAUCUACAGUCGAACACCGUUCUGUCGAACUUUGAUGUGUCGAACUUACGCUUGUCUCGGAUAAACGGAUUGAUCCCUGCGUAUCAUCAUUUUCGGUUGUGUCAAACUUCGGAUAACUCGAAGUAUUGACGUAGGUCCCUUCAACUUCGACACAACGGUGUUUGACUGAAUUUGAUUUUUACCGUUUGGCCGUGAUGAAUUGGGGCGCAUCACGAUCUCUCAUUACGCAGACCGACCGUGAGAUUGCCAGAGUAUAUAUAUUCACCGCCAAAAGAAACGCGAAAAACAUACCUGCUGAUUAAUAAAUGAAGAAUUACUCAUAUUUAAGAGAUAUUAGAUCGGUUUGAUGCACAAACGAACAUGCUGUUAUGUUGUGUGAACCGAGGGUCGUAAAUGCAUCACAUGUGACGUCACUGAACUAUGACUCGAGAUGCACCAUUCGUCUCGUGCGGGAUAGGUGUGUAAAAUUUGGAAAGCAUGUGCAGCAUAUCGUGAUAAGAAUAAAGAUACUCUGCAGUGCCACUUGACUGGUUGUUAGUGUUGUCAUUAAGUGGAAACAUCUCUUCUUAACGCACAUACUUCUCUUUGUGUUUCUAUGGUUUGCGUUUCUUUUGGCGGAGAGUAUAUAUGGCUUGGGAAUCGUUUUCAAUGUCAGAACUGCACAAUUCCAGAAAUAUAUACAUCGACUGUACCGUGAACUCAAAGCACAUGUUCGAAAUGAAUUUUCAGAUACACUACCGGGCAAAGAAAGUAUACACCUAUAUUUGAUGGUGUCUAAAAAUGAAACAGACAAGAAAUUGUUAUCCGAUGGUGAUGUAUUUGAUACGGGUAUCAUAACUGUGUUUUGGACACUAAGUCUCCAGUUUUUUGGCGACUGUUUUCAGCCUUGUAAUAUUUUUUGUCAUGACGAAAUCCACUUUUCAUGUCCAAACUUUCUUUUGCCUGGCAUUGUAUAUAAAUACUCCUUCGAUAUGGAAAUUCUGGUUUUCUAAGGGUAGGGGUGUGGGUAGAACAAUGACAACAUGAAUAUUGAUAACAAUAACGAUAAUAGUAAUAAUGAUGAUAAUACAAUGAAUGAGGCCACAGAACUCUCUCACAGCACCGAGGGGCGGUCGGGUAGCCUAGUGGUUAAAGCGUUCGCUCGUCACGCCGAAGACCCGGGUUCGAUUCCCGACAUGGGUACAAUGUGUGAAGCCCAUUUCUGGUGUCCCCCGCCGUGAUAUUGCUGUAAUAUUGCUAAAAGCGGCGUAAAACCAUACUCACUCACUCACUCUCACAGCACCGAGGAAAUACACAAGACAUUGCAACCUGGAUCAGUGAGGAUGAAUCUCACAUCAUAAGUUGCCGUUUAUGUUACCUGGCAUGACCAUAUCUUUCUACCGGUACCCAUCGCCAACACAAGUCGGCUGCAGUAGAUGAUUGCACGUGGUUUGAUAUAAGAUAAGCCAAACUGACGAAGCGUUCCCUGAAUGUCAUCAAUUACUGCGCCAGCUGUAAUUAAUGGUGAAACUUUUUAUGUAUUCGCGCAAAUUGGGGGACACAGCACAAUACGAGGAUAAAAUCAAAAACGUUUGUUAAUAUCACGAUGAUUAAAUUUGAAUUAAGCAUACUGUUAUAUAUGGUGUUUUGUUUGUUAUAUUUGUGAAUACAGUUUUUUAGUUUAUUUAUAUCAUUGUUUCGUGUUGAAUCAGCAAUUCUGUGAUAUUGUAUAAGCAAAUUUGAAUUACAUGACAUUGUUGUAUGUACGUGAAUAAAUUAUAAAUAUUAUCUUUCAA